AUGCUUUCUUUUUACAAUUGUAAUGUCGACGCGAAUAAAUCCUUAAUCAAUCAAUGGAUAUCUACUUUCUCCGUUUCGUUUUUGUCUUUCAUUUUGUGUGUUCGUUUCUUUCUUGCUUUCUUUCCUUCUUUCUUUCCUUCUUUCUUUACUUCUUUCUUACUUUCUUUCUUUCUUUCUUUCUUUCUUUCUUUCUUUCUUUCUUUCUUUCUUCCAAAAGUUUUGUUUCUUUUAAGUAUCGUUCUUCCAGAAGUGAUUCUUCAUAUCUUUGAUGAUUCUUUCAUAAUUUUUGUCACUUUCUUUAUCCUUCAAAAUUUAUUUUACUUUUCUUUCUUUGUUUUUUUUCCCUCUUACCCUUUCUUUCUUUCUUUCUUUCUUUCUUUUUUUUAUCAAUUUAUUUAUUUACCUAUUUAUUUUCUACCUCUUUCUUUUUUUUUUCAAAUAUUUUUUUUUCAUUUAUUUCUUUGUUUUUGUCACCCUUCCCCUUCAUUCUAUCUAUCUAUCUAUCUAUCUAUCUAUCUAUCUAUCUAUCUAUCUAUCUAUCUUCUUAGUCCCAUCAUUAUCUAUCUAUCUAUCUAUCUAUCUAUCUAUCUAUCUAUCUGUUUCCUGAUGUUUAUCUAUUUUACUGCAUUUCUUUCUUUCUUUCUUUCUUUCUUUCUUUCUUUCUUUCUUUCUUUCUUUCUUUCUUAA